AUGACCACCUUAGUUUUUAUUUUUAUGGUUUUUAUUCUUCACUUUUAUGAUCCUAUCACAUAUUUUAUUGUUGGCUGCUUCUACUUUAACAUAAUAGGAAUGUUUUCAGUAAAGAUUUUUAGCUCGUGUGGGGUUACCGGACAGGAAAUCAUUCAAAAAGCUCUUUUCACAAGCCUUUUUUCUUCGUCAGCUAGAAAUAUGGCUUCAAGGAAGGUCUGGUUAACUAAAAGUGUGAAGCGUUUAUCUUUGAUUGAAAAGCAUAUUCCGUCCCGAUUCACAGCUCCUGUUAUCUCAGCUGUACGCUCAAUCCUAAUAUAUUUAGAAGGCAACCUUUUCAUUUGUUUCGAACUAGUUUACCAGUAG